GCUAGUUCUUGAGUUCGGCGCAUGCAUACCUUCAAGCUCAAACCUUCCGGCUCAAAUUUACCGCAACUUUCCCACUUGAGACGACUUCUACGUCUACCUAAGUCUCCAUCUCCGACAGUAACAUCACCAAGACGUGGCUUCCAUGGCGGGGAAGGAGGAGCAGAGCGAGUGGCACUUGCACAGCGGACAAUACCUCGGAGAAAUCUCAGCUUUAUGCUUCCUCCAUUUACCUCCUCAAAUUUCCUCUUUCCCAAUUCUUCUCGCAGGGUCCGGUUCCGAGGUAAUGGCGUAUAACUUGGAAUCUGGAAAGAUGAUGGAAUCUUUUCGGGUAUUUGAAGGCAUUCGCGUUCAUGGGAUUUCAUCUAUCUCUUUGAAUUUCAAUGAAGCAUCGUCUUUUGCUAAGCUUGAUUUCAUACUCGCUGUUUUUGGUGAAAAAAGAGUCAAGCUAUAUCGUAUAAGCGUUGAAGUGAUUGCUGAAGUAUGUGUGAAUAUGGUUCUGUUAUGUUCUUUGCCGAGGUUCAAUCAUUGGGUCUUGGAUGCAUGCUUCUUGAAGAGCCGUGACUCUUCUUCCUUGGCAGGCAGUGAUAGAUGUGGUUAUAUUGCCAUUGGAUGCGGCGAUAACUCUGUUCAUGUGUGGGAUACUUGUGAAUCUAGAAUGAUUCUUAAAGUUGAAUCGCCAGAGAGAUGCCUCUUGUACUCGAUGAGGUUGUGGGGUGAUGAUAUUGAUGCUAUUCGAGUUGCAUCUGGUACUAUUUUUAACGAGAUAAUUGUUUGGGAAGUGGUUCCUUCAAAAGGUAAUAAGAAAGAUCUCGAUGAAAAGAGUCACGAGACUCAUGACAUUCACUUUCACCAUCUGCAAUAUGAGGCAAUUCAUAAAAGUAGGCUUGUUGCACACGAGGGUUCAAUCUUUCGCAUUGCUUGGUCCUCUGAUGGAUUCAAACUUGUGUCUGUUUCUGAUGAUCGUAGUGCUCGCAUCUGGAGUCUAAAUGCAAAAGGGAGUGAUGCCGAUAACCCUGGGGAGGUCAUUGUGCUGUUUGGUCAUAAUGCUAGAGUUUGGGACUGCUGUAUCUAUGAUUCUUUGAUAAUCACUGCCAGUGAAGAUUGUACGUGUCGUGCAUGGGGAAUAGACGGCAAACAACUGGAGAUGAUAAAGGAGCAUAUAGGGAGAGGUGUAUGGAGAUGUUUGUAUGAUCCAACGUCCAAUCUUCUUAUUACUGCUGGCUUUGAUUCCUCUAUUAAAGUGCAUCGGCUCAACAAUUCUUUAUCUGGGACCUCCAAUGAGCCUGCUGAAAGUGCAGACCAUAGUAUGAAAAGAGAGGUUUUCACUAGUUGUAUCCCAAAUUCAUUGGAUCAUAACGGGCAUAUGGACAGUAAAAGUGAGUACGUGCGCUGCUUACGGUUUUCGUCAGAACGUACAAUUUAUGUUGCCACAAACCAUGGUUAUCUUUACCAUGCUACAUUGUCUGCUUCCAUGGGUGUAAUGUGGACCAAACUUGUUCAUGUUGGUGAAGAGGUUCAAAUUAUUUGCAUGGAUUUGCUAGUCUGUAGUCCGUUUGAAGUUUCAGGAGGAGCUGAGGAUUGGAUUGCUCUUGGAGACGGUCUAGGAAGAAUGACAGUUUUAAAAGUUCUUCACGAUUCAAAUGCACACACACCUGACAUCUCAUUUACCUGGUCAGCUGAAAAGGAGAGACAGCUUUUAGGAACCUUUUGGUGCAAGUCACUUGGAUUCAGGUACAUCUUUACAGCUGAUCCUAGAGGUGCAUUGAAACUCUGGAGAUUAUACGAUCACGUAUCAGCUUCUCAGAAUGGCAAAAACUAUAAUCCAUCUCUUGUGGCAGAAUAUGUAUCAUGCUUCGGCAUAAGGAUUAUGUGUUUGGAUGUUUCGUGUGAGGAAGAGAUUGUGGUGUGUGGUGAUGUACGUGGUAAUCUUAUUGUAUUUCCUUUAUCAAAGGACCUAUUACUUGAUACUCCAGUUACAACAGGAGUGAAGACAAUUCCAACCUGUUACUUCAAAGGAGCUCAUGGUAUAUCAACUGUUACCAGUGUUGUAGUAGCCAGGACGGGGUCGAGCCAAACGGAAUUACACUCGACUGGUGCAGAUGGAUGCAUAUGUCAUAUUGAAUAUGUCCAACUCAAAGAUCGGAAAGUUUUGGAGUUCAUAGGGAUGAAACAAGUUAAAGCGUUGACUUCAGUGCAGUCUCUCUUCUAUGAUCAAACUUCUCUUGAUUUGACAAGCAAUCUUUAUGCGACUGGCUUUGCAUCCACAGAUUUCAUUAUAUGGAACUUAACUACCGAAGCAAAGGUAUUACAAAUUCAAUGUGGUGGAUGGCGGCGUCCUUAUUCUAAUUAUCUAGGAGACGUACCAGAACUUAAGAAUUGUUUUGCAUAUGUCAAGGAUGAAACAAUCUAUAUUCAUCGGCAUUGGGUUUCAGACAGUGAAAGAAAAGUAUUUCCUCAAAAUUUGCACGUACAAUUUCAUGGCAGAGAGCUGCACUCUUUGUGCUUUGUACCUGAAGCUGACAACAAGCUUGGCAUCUCAUCUAGAUCUAGCUGGAUUGUAACUGGUUGCGAAGAUGGAACUGUUAGGAUGACUAGGUACACCCCUGGCAUCAAUAGCUGGUCUGCUUCAAAUUUGCUCGGAGAGCAUGUUGGAGGCUCAGCUGUGAGAUCUCUAUGCUACAUAUCAAACGUACACUUGAUUUCAUCAAAUGGGACUAUUACACCCGAUGCAAAAGAUACACAAGAAUCUGACUUAGAUGAUAGAGAAGAUCCUGUUUUACUAAUUUCAGCUGGUGCAAAGCGGGUGUUAACUUCUUGGCUACAGAAGCAUAGGAAGCUGGAGAAAAUAGCAAAUGCUUGUUUACACCAUAAUGCCAAAGUUAGUUGCGAGCCCUCUGGAUUUGCCACAUCAAUUUCCUUCAAGUGGCUUUCUACUGAUAUGCCAACCAAGAAUUCAACUUGCCAUAGAAAUUCAUUCAAUACAAUGAAAGAUGAAGCCACGACUGGUUCUAGCAUAAAUCCUGACGCUGAAUCCAAAUUACUCCAAGAAAAAGAGGAGUCGAGUCUUAAAUCUUGUUCCGUUGAAAAAUAUGAAGAUGAUUGGAGAUACAUGGCAGUUACUGGCUUUCUCAUUAAACAUUUUAAUUCAAGGUUUACUGUCUGUUUCAUCAUCGUUGCUUGUUCAGAUGCCACUCUUUCUCUUCGAGCUCUAAUUUUACCCCAUCGAUUAUGGUUUGAUGUUGCUUCACUGGUUCCUGUCGGAUCACCAGUUUUGACGUUGCAGCAUAUAGUUUUUCCGAAAUUUCAUUCUAAUGGAGGUGGAGAAACUCUGCUUGGGAAUGUUUACAUUGUCAUUAGUGGAGCCACUGAUGGAAGUAUUGCAUUUUGGGAUCUGACUGGAAAUAUUGAAGCAUUUAUGAAACGCCUCUCUUCUCUUCAUCAGGAAAUGUUCAUUGAUUUUCAGAAAAGACCUCGUACAGGAAGAGGAAGCCAGGGUGGCAGACGGCGGACAACUUUAAGUACUGUGACCAAAGAUCGAUCGAGCAAAAAAUUGGUUACUAAGAAAGGUGAAGACGAUACCAACUCAAGCAUACAAAAUCAAGUUCCUUGCGAAAGCUCAUCUAAAGUGGACAUAUCUGAAGCCAAUACAGCAGGCUCUCAACCUGAUUGUUCUACGUCUUCUGAACUGAUUCUAAGCACCAGCAAUUCCUCUUCUGAGUUGUGUGACAUACAGCCUAUUCAUGUUGUAACCAAUGCACAUCAAUCUGGCGUGAAUUGUCUCCAUGUAGCAGCCGUGAACAGUUCUGAAUGUGUUAAUAACUGUUACUUGUAUCAUGUGAUCAGUGGUGGUGAUGAUCAAGCACUUCAAUGCCUUACGUUUGAUUUAUCAUUGCUUUCUGAAAGCCCUAGUUCUGAGAAAAAGGAAUCUGAAUCUGAAUGUGCAAAGUUUAUAUUUCAUAGUGAAGACCAUAAUCACAAAUAUUUGGCUAGGUUUCUCAGACCUCACAAAAUUGAAUCAGCUCACAGUUCUGCUAUAAAAGGUGUCUGGACGGAUGGAAUUUGGGUGUUUUCUACUGGUCUUGAUCAAAGGAUCAGGUGCUGGAAACUUGAGGCACAGGGGAAGUUGGUCGAGUAUGCUUACUCGAUUAUUACUGUGCCAGAACCAGAGGCCAUUGAUGCUAGAGCCUGUGACAGGAACCAUUAUCAAAUUGCUGUAGCUGGAAGAGGCAUGCAAAUUAUUGAGUUUUCUACAUCUUGCGAUUUUUGCAGAAGAUGAAAAUAGGAAAAUAACUUGAUUCGUGUUGCCUUGUAAAUUCAAUUACAAGUCAGAACAAUCCUACAUACCCCUCACAAGGUACUCGGAAUCAUCAAGACUCCUAGCCCAUAUGAUCCAACUAAUUAUGAACCCCUUGGCCUACCCCGUGUGCUCUUCCUCUUUCUUCAAGUUUCACACAAUAACUGACAUUCCCCAUACUUAAACCAAUUAUUUAAUUAGAAAGCUGAGAAAGCUUCUAAGCCAUUCUCUUUCCAUUAAAGAGUUGUUUUCAGUGGGUCCUUGACUCCUCUCUUCCAUUCUUUCCUUGAUUUUUCUUUGGCCUUAAAUGAAUCUAGUGGGGCCCUAUCAACUUGCUUUUUGAUCUCUCCCUACCGUGGAUUCUGCAUAUGGUCUCUUUUCAAAACAAUCAGUAGUCUGACCUUCUAAGAGAACUAGAAAGCUUUCCCCGUAUCUUAAUUUCUUUUGAGUCAUUUAUAAGACAUCGAUGAGGAGAAUUAUAGGAGAAUUAGUGUAUUUUAGUUAAUAUUAGAUUAGUUGUUAAUUUAUAUUAAUUAAUUAGUGAUUAGUAUUUUUGGAUUAUUUCGUUAGUUGUCAUUUCUUUCUUGCAAGGCUAUAAAUAGCCAUUUUAGGAGUGUAAUAAGAAACUUUUGAUCAUCAUCUUAAUAUAGAACUAAAGUUCAUUAGAGAGUA